UGUCGCGCUGUGGAGCGUCACAAGCUGGGGGCGGAGGCGGUGCGGCCGCGCUGCGGGAAGGGCGAGCGGGGUGAAACGAAUCGGAGACCCGCGCUCUCGGGCCGGGCAGGAUUCAGCGUUCCCAUCCCUCGCCUUCGCCUGGCUGAGCCAGAGCUCUUCGCCACUGCACUUUACAGCCUGGCACCUUGAUGGAAACAGAUGUUGAUGGUGGUCCGAGAUAUUUGUGGGGGUUAAAAGAUUUGAACUCCAGCUGAAUAAAACAAGGGCUGAAAAUUGAAGGAUGGCAGCAAAUCCUUCAGGACAAGGUUUCCAGAAUAAAAAUAGGGUUGCAAUCCUGGCAGAACUAGACAAGGAGAAGAGAAAGUUACUUAUGCAAAACCAGUCUUCCACAAAUCACCCUGGAGCCAGCAUUGCACUUGCAAGAUCACCUCUGAAUAAGGAUUUCCGUGAUCAUGCUGAGCAACAGCACAUUGCAGCACAGCAGAAGGCUGCACUGCAGCACGCACAUGCACACUCCUCAGGAUACUUCAUAACUCAAGAUUCUGCAUUUGGAAAUCUUAUUCUUCCUGUCUUACCUCGACUUGAGGCAGAAUGAGGAAUGUUGUUUGUCUCAGAAAUUCAAGAUCUGAUUUUUGUCCAUAGCAGGAGCUGUCUGACCUUUUAAUUUCUUUAUGUAUCCUAAAAACUACUUUUUUUCUGGGUUCCUGCAAAUGCCAUUCAGAAGUGUGAGCUCUAGUGAUGGGGAAAUAGUGUUGAAAAUUUUUUAUCCUGUAUUAUUUCUGUUCCUCUGUUGGGUCAAAGUCAAAUGCAAGACUUUUCUUGGACUUUGAAGUGCACAGGGUUUGCUCUUCCCUGUUUCAGUGCUUCCUUUAAAUAAAUGUCCAAACCAGAGUCACCAAGAGAUGCACAAUCUGACAGCAUUUAUGUUUCUUUUUAUUACUUACAGGUAUGGUUUUUGUAAUGAAUAAUGAAAAUUAUUUCUGUCCAUUAAAACAGACACGAAUUUGUCAAAUGCAUCAGCCAGUCUUCCUCCCCCACCCUCUCCUAUGCAGGAACAUUUCUAGUGUACUGUUUGCCAUUGUAGCAACAUUGGGUCUUAAGUCCUUAGUUACAGUGUGCCUGCCUCUUACCUUGCUUUGUGAAAUAUGAAAAUGAAUUAAAGUGGGAAAAAACCAAAUGUUUCUAACAGUCUUUUUAUGGAUAAAAUGUCAAAAGUUCUCUGGACAUCUCAGAUGGAAAGUGUUGUCUGCAAAGACAAUCCCAUUUAAAAGGUCAAAUUUUUCUAGUUAUGCCUUUUUUGAGACUUGGUGUGUUUUAUUUUUGUUCACUUUUUUCCUUGGUGUUUUUGUCCGUGGUAGACAUUUCCAGCUUCCUGCUGGAAGAAAAUCUAUUUAUAUUAAGGUAAAUUAUUUUGGAACUGUCAUUGUGCUACCAGGAUAAAGUAACUUAGAAUGAAAAAUAGUUCUUACUUAGACUUCUUUAUAUCUCCACAGCUUUGCUCAUGCAGUUAUGCUGCUGCACUGAUUGUAUGGCCUAUGGAGGCAAGUUUUAGAAAACAGAAAAGAACAGAACUUACAUGAGAACAAUAAAUCAGAAAGCAUCUGUUAAACUGGUGCCCAUUUGAAACAGCUCUGUCAUUUGCAGAAACUUAGCUGUCCCAUGAAGUUUCCAGGGUUGUAGUUGGCAUUUCCUCAGGGAUAUGUAGGGUAUUCUGUUUCUGUAUGCAGGGGAUUGCCUGAACCCAAUAAGCACUACUGAACUAACUGUCUGUUCAUAUUUCACUGUUAAUGUUUGCAGUAAUCAUGAAUACAGAACAACUACCAAGAGAUGGGGGCAGGUAUGAGGGAAAUGCCAUUGCUUUCAUAUACCUCAGCUGAACAUAGACCUUUGCAGAAACUGGAGCGUACUGAAACAUUUUCAGGAAGGAGAAUCUUCUGGACCGAGCCUGGUAGAGCUUAAAGAUGUGCAAUUUUAACAAGAACUAUUCAUACCAUAUGCUUUUUUUUCUGGGUUCUGAUGUGAUGAGUCAUGGGAAUGAUGAUGGUUUUUGUGGGCAGUGGAGAAAGAAGUCACUUCUAUUUUCUGUGGUUGGCUCUGUGUAGCUUUUUUAUUUAAUUACCAAUUAUGAAAUUACCUUAUGAAAUUGUCCUGUCUAUUCAUUAUUCUACAGUGUGAGCUGCAUAUCUUAUUAGGUGCUUUGAAGAAAAAGAUGUGCAAAUCUCAGUGUAAAAGAGGCAGCUAUGUAUCUGUCCAACCUGGAAACAUACAAAGGCAAAGGUGUUAAAGCAGAUGCAGCAGAAAGCAUGGAUUUUAUAUUUGAGUUGAAUUAACAUUAAAGGAGCUCUGUGCUACAUAUUUGAA